AUGCCGUCCGAAAAGAGAUUCAAAGACCGCUUCAAGAAGACGGACAACUGGACCACGAUCAAUAGGUACGGUGGCCUUGAUUUCGGCCAAACACCCCUCACCACCGUCCUCGGCAGGCUCCAACGAAAAUACGACGGAAGUGGCAACAGAAACAUCACUUCCAUCACCGCAUACGGGUCUACGUACGGCGUGGAUGUUGUGUUCAAUAAGCAGAGCCUCGUCCUGCAGCUCGACACAGGCAGCUCGGAUACGUGGGCCGUCAGCGCCAGUUCGAACUGCACACCCUGGCACGGUGACUGUUCUUUUGGUACCGCGUACACUGGCGGGUUUACAGGAGGAUUGAUUUCGAAUGAGCACCUCUACAUCCAGUAUGGAGGCGGAGAAGUCGUUCAGGGACCCGUAGGAGCCAUGGAUGUCACCGUCGCCGGCAUCUCCGUGAGGAACCAGACCGUCGCCCUGGCGAACGACACCCUCUGGGACGGAAACAAUAUCACGAGUGGCGUCUUGGGACUGGCAUACCCUUCCAUUACGAGUGUUUUUACAGGCCCCUUUGGCGAUCACAGUUCAUAUUAUGGGGUUGAGUACGCGCCCAUCUUCACAACCAUGGUCGAUCAGGGUCUGGUGGAGAAUUACUUCAGCGUGGCCAUCAGCAGGCACGCUUCUGGCGGAGCUCUCGCCUUUGGUGGUGUUCCAGAUGAUCUUGACGGCGUGGACUACUCCUCUAUGGGAAUGACAGAUAUCAUCAUAGCCAACAUUGGGAAUGACGAGACCACAGCCUAUGAGUACUCGUUCUACACAAUUAUCCCAGGCGGCUGGAUCUUUGGUUCCUCCACCGAUAACAGGAAAAUUCCUUACAUUGUGGACUCGGGCACCACCCUCAUCUACCUUCCACUCGACCUAGCCGACGCCAUCAACAACGCCUUCGAGCCCCCUGCGGAAUACGACUUCCUCUACGGCAGCUACCUCACCACUUGCGACGCCGCCCCACCGCGCCUUGCCAUCGUCAUCGACAACACACCCUUUUGGCUACACCCGGAAGACCUGAUACUGCGGGAUUCGCAGGAUCCUUUGAGCGGGCUGUGCAUGACGGCCAUUGCAACCAGCGAGGAUGGGCCUUUUAUUCUGGGAGACGCCUUCUUAAAGAACGUUCUGGCUGUCUUUGAUGUGGACGAUGCUGUGAUGCAAUUUGCUAGUCGGAGGAAUUAUUGA